AUGGUCAAGAAGAUGCUAUCCCCAGGCCCGUUUCCGCGAAGGCCUUCGGGCUUUGUCCGAUACCUUGUCGUCUCCGUCCUGCUCCUCGUCGCCUUCUUCUCUUUGCACCGCAGCUCUCGCGACAUAUACGUCUCCUCCGCCAUAUUGCGCCGCCCCUUGCACGACACGUCUCUGAAUCCGGGGUUGGCAUUUGAAAAGAUUGCGUCAAAACCUCACCGGCCCAUGUUAAAGCAUCAGCCUUCCGCCGACGAGCCCAAGGCCCCGCUGCCAGUCAACCCCGAUCAGCAUCACCACCCCAUCGACAAGUUGAUAUACGAUGCCCAGCACUCCUUUGCCGAGCUCAUGUCCAAAGAGUCCAAGACGGUAGAGCAGGCUGCCGAGGCAUACCGCAAGCGCCGCGGUCGCCACCCUCCCCCGGGCUUCGACAAGUGGCACGAGUUUGCUCGCUCGCACAACGUCGUCCUGGUCGAGGACUUCUUUGACCAGAUUCACCACGACAUCGAGCCGUUCUGGGGCAUGGAACCCUUGGAUAUGCGGCGCCGAGCCAGCCAGGCUGAGAUGACAAUCAAUAUUCGAAAGGGCAAUGCCUCGGCCGCAUCAGACUGGUUCUGGACAAAGAUAUGGCUCGAGAUGAUCAAGGAGAUUGAGCACGGUCUCCCCGACAUGGACAUUGCCUUGAACGCCAUGGACGAGCCCAGACUUGUCGUUCCUUGGGAGGACAUCAACGGGUACAUGGAAAAGGCAGCCAAGACGACGCUCCCGGCUCCCCAGACGGACGAGCUGGGCGUCAAGGUCCCCAAGAUAGAGUGGGAGGGUACCAAGCCGUACUGGUCCGUUGCCCGCCGCGGUUGCUCCCCAGACAGUCCCGCUCGCGAAGCCCCCCUGCAGGAGUCGUUCGCCGAUCCUCCCGUCAUCUGCAACAAGUACGCCGCUCAACAUCUUCACGAAGGCUACGUUGCCAACUACACCAAGUCCAACGAGCUCUGCCACCAGCCGGAUCUACAGGGUCUCGAGGGCAUCCUCAUCGAGCCCAUUUCCACUAGCGCGACCAAAAUCAUGUUCCCCAUGUUUGGCGGCUCCAAGCUCACGGUCAACAACGAAAUCCUCCUGCCCGCGCCCAUGUACUGGAGCGAGGAGGAGCGCUUCACUGGCGGCGGCGCUCGUGGCGCUCGCUGGGCCGACAAGAACAAUACGAUCGUCUGGCGCGGCGUUGCCACUGGUGGCAAGAACCGUGAGACCAACUGGAGAGGCUUUCAGCGCCAUCGCUUCGUGUCCAUGGGCAACGGGACCAAGAUCGGGCUGGUCGAGUCGGGCAAGGCGAGAGCCGAGAACUUUGUCCUGCCCAGCGACGAGUACCACGUGAACCCGGCACAGCAUGGCAAGCUGGGCGAAUGGGACGGGGGCUGCAACUAUACCGACUUUUACUUUGAGCCCCAGUCCGCCGUCAAAAUGGCUGAGCAGUUCAACUCCAAGUUCCUGCCAGACAUUGACGGCAACUCGUUCUCGGGGCGCUACCUCGGAUUCCUGCGGUCGACGUCGCUGCCUAUCAAGGCCACCGUCUGGCGAGAAUGGCACGACAGCCGCCUCGUGCCGUGGAAGCACUUUGUACCCAUGGACAACCGCUUCUCCGACUACUACGGCAUCAUGGAGUACUUCCUCGGGUACAAGGGCCGCAACGACCACGACGCCGCCGCCGAGAAGAUUGCCACCGAGGGCAAGGAGUGGGCGGAGCGGGUGCUCCGCAAGGAAGACAUGUUGGUAUACGUCAUGCGGCUGCUGCUCGAGUAUGCGCGCGUCCUCGACGACCGACGAGAGACCAUGGGCUGGGUGGCCGACCUCCUCAAAGAUUCAUCUCUGAAAGAGUCACGGUAG